AUGCCAUCGCCUCACCUUUAUCACCCUUCACUUGAACCAAGAUCUGUAGUCUACUCUUGGUACCGUAAAGUAAUUGCAAGCGAAGUUGACGAUUUAGAUCAAGAAGAAGCUGAUUAUGAAGCAUCGCUAUUUGCAAUCAAAAAUAACAAUAAAAGAUGCGCAGUUCCUGGUUUAAUUAAACUAAAAAAUCGAAAUGAGGAUUCGGUAAUAAUGAAAUAUGUCGUGUUUUCUUUUGAACUUGUUGACACUGAUAACAAUCAAGAGCAACCACAGAAUCUUAAUCGUGAUUUAGACGACGAGGGGCCAAUGUUUUCGGAUGACGAUGAUGAUACACAGCAUCAUCACCAUCAUAAUCCUGAUGACAGUAUUAUGCUUGAUAUGCUUGAUCAUUCAGAUUUAAUAUCCAUGAAUGAUAUGGAUUUAUCUGAGCACGCAGUGUUUCUUGCUAUGGGUGCUGAACAAUAUACAAGUAAUCAUAAUCUUGAAGACGACUUCUAA